AUCUGCACGGACGGAACAGUGCGUUGCGUUUGAUUGUAGUUUGACGUAAACGUUGAUUCUUUUCCAUCUAACAGGCGAUUUGCGAUUUCACGCGAGUGUUUUUACGGGAUAUUCGACACGAAAUGCUGCUCGGUGCGUUGUCAUUUGCCGGUUUCAUCCGCAUCCUUACCCGAGACGAGUGCGAGUGAAAGUUCUGUUGUGGAAGUUGCUCCACUUCGGUGUAUUAUUACUCUCAUACCAUAGCGUGUUGCUGCUCAAUUUAAUGCAACUCAAUUUGUACUGUUGAAGCAGAAAUAAAGUAAAGUAAAAGAAUUUUUUGUGAGCCAUCAUGCGAAAGGCAGCAGGAGGAGCAACCCAAUCACGACCACAUUGCCUGGUCAUUGUACUCAUUAUCCAUGCCAUCGUUGCCAUGCUGAUGACAGCCAGACCCACACUGGCCGAGAUUCCCUCAAAAGGAAAACACACUCGCCUGGAUACGCAACAGACGGCACAGGAAGAUGCUGAUUUCCCACGCUUCGCCGAACCGAUUGCCAAUGUAACCGUUUCCAUUGGACGGGAUGCUCUACUCGCGUGCGUGGUGGAAAACCUGAAGGGUUACAAGGUGGCCUGGGUGCGAGUGGACACACAGACGAUUCUCUCCAUACAUCACAAUGUUAUAUCGCAAAAUAAUCGGAUAAGUUUGACCUAUAAUGAUCAUCGAUCGUGGUACUUGCAUAUCAAAGAGGUUGAGGAAACGGAUCGCGGUUGGUACAUGUGCCAAGUGAAUACGGAUCCCAUGCGGUCCAGGAAGGGCUACCUGCAGGUGGUGGUGCCCCCCAUGAUUGUCGAGGGCAUGACCAGCAAUGACAUGGUAGUGCGCGAGGGUCAAAAUGUCUCGCUGAUGUGCAAGGCACGCGGUUACCCCGAACCCUAUGUCAUGUGGCGUCGCGAGGACGGCGAGGAAAUGCUAAUUGGCGGGGAGCACGUGAACGUUGUCGAUGGCGAACUGCUGCACAUAACGAAAGUGAGUCGUCUCCACAUGGCAGCCUAUUUGUGUGUGGCCUCCAAUGGUGUCCCGCCGUCGAUUAGCAAACGCGUCCAUCUGCGUGUGCAAUUUCCACCGAUGCUCUCCAUACCGAAUCAACUUGAAGGAGCCUAUUUGGGUCAGGACGUGAUCUUGGAGUGCCACACUGAGGCCUAUCCCCAGUCGAUCAACUAUUGGACCACAGAGCGAGGAGAUAUGAUUAUAUCGGACACUUCGCGGGCCGGCGAUAAAUACGAGACCACAUCAACCGUCAGCGGUUACACAAAAUACAUGAAGUUAAAAAUACGCUCGGUUGGCCCAAACGAUUUUGGCACCUAUCGCUGUGUGGCAAAAAACUCGCUGGGCGAAACCGAUGGCAACAUCAAACUGGAUGAAAUGCCCACUCCAACGACUGCGAUUAUAUCAGAAAUGGCCAUGUUAAAUCGAAGUUAUGAUGGGAAGAGACGUCAUAGAAAUAAAUUUGACUCGGCUAACGCUUUGCCCGAUUAUGGGGUUGAGGAGUGGCGUGAUGGUGCCCAGGGCAACCAUGCUGGCGGCAACAAUGGCGAUAACAAUCAAACGCCCGUGCGUAAUCCGCCCGGAGCAUUUCACAAUUCUGCUGGCUCACUGGCGCAGCAUAAUCUACUUGGUAAAAUAAUGCGCGGCAUUAAAACGCAAUCAUUUGGGAUUUUCAAACGUUUAUCGAGUUAUUUGCCAGCGACAGCAUCGGCAUCAGCUCCAGCUCCAGCUUCAGUGGCAGCUUCAGUGGUGGAGGCAGAGUCGAGUCCGCAGCGGUGGCGUAUGAGUAAUAUGAAAAACCAGGCAUAUUUACCGGAGCAGGCAGCAGCACUCUCAAUAGGCAAUGUUGCCCAUGAACAGAGCGACCUAUGGGCGUGGCACCAAUUGCCCAUAUUUCACAUGCCGCACACACGAUGGCCAUGGUGUUGCUGUCCCAUUGUCGUCGCAUCAACGCAUUCCAAAUGCCAAUGGCAAUGGCCCACACUCAUUUGCAUAGUAAUAUUAGCUGGCGUUUUGUUGCUGUUGCUGUUGCUGCUGCAUUUUAUCGCCGGCCAAAUCACAUUUUCUAUUAGCACGGCGCAUAGGCAACAUUUAAUGUUAACAUUUUGGGACCCAGCCAGUAGGCAUUGCCUUCAACAGUUUUCAAGAUGAAAUCAAAUAAUUGCAAAAAACUCAUUUAGGGCACAACAGCAGCAGCAGCAGCAACAACAACAGCUACGACUCGAUGGAAAACGAAAUCAAACCAAGGCAAAGUAAAAGUAAAGUAAAGACGGAGACUGUGGAAAAACGCAAGCGUGAGGGCCGGCACAGGAUAUAGUAAGUUCUAUACAUACACAGAGUUCUUAGAGAGAUAGAAAUGUGUGUUUAUGUUAGAGAGUAAAAUGAAAGUAAUGUUGGCUCUUUAGGAAUUCAACAGCAAAAUGAAUGGAGACUGGCAAACAUCUGGCAUUGGAAUGGGUUACAAAUUAAAUCAAAUUAAUCGAUUUUCUACAUUUUAUAAACUUUUUCAGAUGAUAUCUACGUUUGAAAAAGUGGGAGCAAUGCAAAAGUAACGCUUAAAAAUCAAAUCAAUCAAAAUUCCUAUUAUAAUAUUUUUACAUCAUGCACCCAUAAUGGCUACUAAUUUCCCCCAACAGGCAAAAUGAAGUGUUUCCGACCCCUUAAAAUAUUUAUAUAUUAUUGAUCAUUAAAAUAUCUCUCACCACGUCCGUUGGUUUCGACAAACACCAAGA